AUGGACGCCGGUUCCUCAUCCUCGCCGCUGCACAUCGUGGUCGUCCCGUGGCUCGCGUUCGGCCACCUGCUCCCGUACCUGGAGCUCUCCGAGCGGCUCGCCGAGCGCGGCCACCGGGUGUCCUACGUCUCCACGCCGCGCAACCUCGCCCGCCUCCCUACGCUGCGCUCCGCCGCGGCGCCGCGCGUGGACCUCGUCGCGCUCCCGCUCCCGCGCGUCGACGGCCUCCCCGACGGUGCCGAAUCCACCAACGAUGUGCCCGACGACAAGCGGGAGCUCCACUUCAAGGCCUUCGACGGCCUCGCCGCGCCCUUCGCGGCGUUCAUGGCCGCCGCGUGCGCCGACGAGGCCACAAGGCCUCACUGGGUCAUCGCCGACUGCUUCCACCACUGGGUCGCCGCCGCCGCCUUCGAGCACAAGGUCCCAUGCGCGUUACUUCUCCCGACCGCGGCUUUGAUCGCUACCGCGCACCGCGACCAGCCGGCGGAAGCGCGGGUUGUGACCCACGCCCGCCCUCGUUACGAGGAGGAGGAGGUGGCACCAAUUUACGACGACCAUGGCGCGUCGGGCAUGUCCAUCGUCCAGCGCUUCUAUUUGACGAAAGAGAAGUGUGCGCUGGCGGCCAUCCGGAGCUGCGUCGAGUGGGAGCCCGAGUCCUUCCCGCUGGUGCCGACGGUCAUCGGCCUGCCGGUCGUGCCCCUCGGCCUUCUACCGCCGUCACCGGACGGAGGCCGCCGUGCCGACGGCAUCAACGGAUCAGCAGAGCAUGCCACCGUGCGCUGGCUGGACGCGCAGCCUGCAGGUUCGGUUGUGUACGUAGCGCUGGGGAGUGAAGUGCCGCUGCGUGUGGAGCAGGUGCACGAGCUUGCCCUCGGGCUGGAGCUCGCCGGGACACGCUUCCUCUGGGCUCUUAGGAAGCCCAGCGGCGCAGCAGUCCACGACGACGACGCCGACAUGCUUCCUCCCGGCUUCCAAGAGCGCACUGGCGGCCAGGGGCUGGUGACCACGGGGUGGGUUCCUCAGAUGAGCAUCCUGGCGCACGCCGCCGUGGGCGGGUUCCUGACGCACUGCGGCCGGAACUCACUGAUCGAGGGCCUCCUGUUCGGGCAUCCGCUCGUCAUGCUGCCCAUCUUCGGGGACCAAGGGCCGAACGCGCGGCAGAUGGAGGUGAAGAAGGUGGGGUUGCAGGUGGCGAGGAACGAGGACGACGGAUCGUUCGACCGCCAUGGCGUCGCGAGCGCGAUCCGGGCUGUGAUGGUUGACGGAGAUGCCCGGAGGAGCUUCGUGGCAGGUGCAGCGAAAAUGCAGGAGGUCGUAGCUAAUACGGAGCGGCAGGAGAGGUGGGUCAGCAAGUUUGCCGCCCCGCAUGUCGAUGGCCGUAAAUCAGCUAAGAUAAAGUCGGCGAAUCUCAGCCCCCUCGUUACCUGA